GGUGCCUUGAUGCGUUUGCUGAUGGAGUCGUUGCGUGUUUUAGUGCUUCUCGGGAUCGUUCCGGAUUAUAUUGAGGCUCGCAAUAGAAGGAUCCCGAUUUCAGGGCCUUCUUGGAGACCCCUUGGUGUGUUUUGGGGCGCUCCUGGGGCGCUCCUGAGGGCUUGGAAGACCGCUCCCCUUGGAGUCCUGUCCGUGGUGGCCAUCGCCGUGGGCUCGUCCUUCGGCCGCGUCUCGGUGCCGCUGCUCGAGCUGCUGGGGGCGCUCGCGGGGUUCUUCUCCCUCGUGGCGUGCGGCCUGGUACUGCUCUGGCCGCAGGUGUGCGCCGUCGUGCCGAGGGCCGUGGAGAGCGUGGUGGGGCAGGCGGAGGUGCACGGCGAGGAUAGCGCCGACCUGCCGAAGGAGAGCGAGGCGGAGCCGUCGGAGGCCUACGUCGAGGAGUUCGUGGAGGCGCCGACGUCCGAGGGCGUCGACGAGUGUGUCCACGACCACGUGCAGAAGGUGUCGUUCAUGGAGGUCGCCGCCGAGGAGUUCGUGGAGGUGCCGGCGUCCGGGGGCAUCGAGAGGAGCGCCUACGCGCCGACGUCCGAGGGCGUCGACGAGUGUGUCCACGUCCACGUGCAGAAGGGGUCGUUCAUGGAGGUCGCCGCCGAGGAGUUCGUGGAGGUGCCCGUGGCCGCGGGCAUCGAGAGGAGCGCCUACGUGCCGCAGAACCACUCCGAGGGGGAGCUUGUCGGCGAGGUGAGCGUGGCGGUGCCAGCGGCGGACUACGUCGAGAAGGUCGUGGAGGUGGCUUCGUCCGAGGACGUCGAGGUCAGCGCCCACGUGCCGAAUGUGCCGUUCAAGAUCGUGGAGGGGCGGCCAGGGGGGCCGCCCGAGGCCGCCGCCGGGGCUGCCGGCCGCGCCGAGGGGCGGCCAGGGGUGCCGACGGGCAUCGAGGGGAGCGUCCACGCGCCGAGGAGCGACGCCGUCGCCGAGGAGGAGCUCGUCGGCGAGGUGAGCGUGGUGCCGCCGAGGCCCGUGGAGCAGAGGCCCCGCUGGGCCGAUGCAGGGGACGAGGACUGUGACGUGCUGGUCGAGCUGCCGACGGCCUCCCUGGAGCAGGCGCGGGCGGGCGGCUCGCGGCCGCGGCGCAGGCGCAGGCGCAAGGGGACCAACUGGCAGAUAGUGCAGUUCGCCGUUGAUGUGCUCGAGCGGUUUGGCUCCCUCCGAGAGUCGCUGGCGGCCACGCUCGGGCCCAGGGCGGUGAAUGUGGCUUUCGAGGGGCUGUUCGACGAGGCGUCAACAGCCGCGGAGUGGGGCUGCGACGUGUCGAUCGGCUCCGAGACGGGGAACACCUUGGUUCAGAUGUUCCUCGGUGGCGAGUUCGCGGAGUGCGCCGACUCGUGGCUCCAGGUCGUCGCGGCCGGGGAGAAUGAGUUCUCCGAGGUGCACAGGCCGGCCCCCGCCAAGGGGCGGUGCGGGAGGCGAGCGCGGCCGCAGGCGGGCGCCUGGGCAGCGACGGCCCAUGAGGGCGGCUAGCGUCAGACACGCAGACUUGCGUGAAUUCACUCACGGGCCUCGCGGCCCUUGAUCGGGGAACCGCACAAGACGUCCCCACCGGAUAAGAGGCAAUCUCCGUCCAGCGCUGCACCUCGAGACGAGUCCUCGCGCUGCGCCGAUCGACCGCUCCUUCUCCCGCCCCUGCCCCUUUCCAUCCUCCUGCUUCUCCAAA